UGUGAGUGUUGGAGCUGGUGUUCUUAUGCCCAUGGCUGUCCCUGAACCUGUUGCCACUCGGAGGUUGGCACUGGACUGUCGUACCCUGCUGGAUCACCGCCCGAGUCGUGGGGUGUGUGGUUGUUGUGGAGCGCUGAGGCCGCGCUACAAGAGACUGGUGGACAACAUCUUCCCUGAAGACCCAGAGGAUGGAUUGGUAAAGGCCAACAUGGAGAAGCUGACUUUUUACGCUCUGUCAGCUCCAGAGAAAUUGGAUCGGAUCGGGGCAUACCUGUCUGAGAGACUGUCUCGUGAUGUAGCUAGACACCGUUAUGGGUAUGUGUGUAUUGCGAUGGAAGCCCUCGACCAGCUGCUAAUGGCCUGCCACUGUCAGAGUAUCAACCUGUUCGUGGAGAGUUUCCUGAAGAUGGUGCGGAAACUCCUGGAGGCAGACAAACCCAACCUGCAAAUCCUGGGAACAAACUCUUUUGUGAAGUUUGCUAACAUCGAGGAGGACACCCCCUCGUAUCAUCGCAGUUACGAUUUCUUUGUGUCGCGGUUUAGUGAGAUGUGCCAUUCCAACUAUGAGGACCCCGACAUCCGCACCAAAAUCCGAAUGGCUGGCAUCAAAGGUCUACAGGGAGUAGUGAGGAAGACCGUAAACGAUGAGUUGCAGGCAAACAUCUGGGACCCUCAGCACAUGGACAAGAUCGUGCCCUCACUGCUCUUCAAUCUGCAGUCUGGUGAAGGCACAGAGAGUCGCUCUCCCUCCCCGCUGCAGGCCAGUGAGAAGGAGAGAGAAAGCCCAGCCGAGCUGACGGAGCGCUGCUUUCGGGAACUGCUGGGCCGUGCCGCUUAUGGCAACAUCAAGAACGCAGUCACCCCUGUGCUUAUGCAUCUUGAUAAUCACUCGCUGUGGGAAGGCAAAACAUUUGCAGUGCGCUGCUUUAAGAUCAUCAUGUACUCCAUUCAGUCCCAGCAUUCUCAUCUGGUCAUCCAGCAGCUCUUGGGCCAUGUGGAUGCCAACAGUAAGAGCUCAGCCACAGUGCGUGCUGGGAUAGUGGAGGUCCUUCUGGAGGCGGCUGGCAUCGCUGCCAGUGGCUCUGUUGGCCCCACAGUGUUGGAGGUUUUCAACACACUGCUCCGGCAUCUGAGGCUCAGUGUGGACUAUGAGCUCACUGGAUCAUACAACUGCACUAACAUCGGCACCAAAAUCAUCAAGGAGCAUGAGGAGAGACAGCUACAGGAAGCCGUCAUCAGGACUAUCGGCUCAUUUGCAAACACCUUACCAACGUACCAGCGUUCUGAGGUGAUGCUCUUCAUCAUGGGGAAGAUCCCUAUUCCAGGCAUGCAUCCCAUGCUGCCCUCUACAGGCUCAGGGCCUGAGGGCAACCGAAUGAUCCAAGUCAUGCUGUUGAAGUCCUUGAGACAGGUCACAUGUGGUUUCCAGACGACCAACAUGCUGACAGCUCUUCCCAACUCCUUUCUGGACCCACUGCUGUCAUUUGCGCUGCUAGAAGAUGCAGAAAUUCGACUGUUGGUGCUGGAAAUACUGGUCAGCCUUAUCGAUCGCCAUGACAACCUCCCCAAGUUCUCCAGCAUCAGUAUCAUCUCUGAUAUCUCUGUGCUUAAACUCAAAGUGGACAAGUGCUCUCGUCAAGACAACCUCUUCAUGAAAAAGCAUGCCCAGCACCUGUAUAGACACAUCUACCUGUGCAGUAAGGAACAGAGCAGCGUGCAGCCUCACUUUGAGAAGCUCUACUCACUCCUGGCCCUCAUCAGCAUGGAGCUGGCCAACGAAGAGGUGGUGGUGGACCUGAUCCGUGUGGCGCUCGCUCUACAGGACUUGGCUCUGAGCAGCGAGGAGACGUUACCGGUGUAUAACCGCUGUGCUGUUCAUGCUCUGUCCUCUGCUUAUCUCAAUCUCAUCAGUCAGCUCACCACAGUGCCAGCGUUCUGCCAGCACGUUCAUGAGGUGAUUGAAAUGAGACAAAAAGAAAGUCCUUACCUGUUACCUGAGGAUGUCUUCAUUGAAAACCCAAAGAUUCCUAAGACACUGGAGAAGCUGGAAGGAGAGCUGUUGUUCCAACAGGCCAAGAUAACUGAGGUUCUUGGAGGAAGCGGCUACAACACUGAGCGACUAGCUACACCUUAUGUCCCACAGUUCACAGAUGAGGACCGGCUAUCAAAAAGAAAGAGCGUUGGAGAAACAAUAUCUCUGCAGGUGGAGGUCGAGUCCAGAAACAGUCCUGAGAAGGAGGAGAGAACACCAGCUGAAGAAAUCACAUUUGAAACACUAAAAAACGCCAUCGUGGAUAGUGUAGGCGUGGAGGAACAGGAGAAGGAACGCAGGAGACAGGUGGUUGAGAAGUUCCAGAAGGCCCCCUUUGAGGAAAUAGCUGCCCACUGUGGUGCCAGAGCUACAAUGCUGCAGAGCAAACUUAAUCAAAUCUUUGAAAUCACGAUCAGGCCUCCUCCCAGUCCAUCUGGAACCAUCACAUCAAGUUACGGCCAAACCCAGAGUUGCUCUGUCCCCGUUUAUGAGAUGAAGUUCCCGGACUUGUGCGUUUACUAGUGCAGCUCAACUCAGGAUUCAGGAACCUUCAGUAGCAGCCAGAGGUGCAGAGAGCUGGAGGGUUUUAAGUAUGAAAUUAUAUUUUGAUGUUUUGUAAUACAGGAAAACUAAGUGGUCAGCCCUCCUCUAUACUAUAAACCUCAUCGCUGUAUUGUCCCCUGUUCCCCUGUCUGCAAGGUGACUGUAGACAGUUCACCCAUUGAACUACUACUGAAAGGAUUUUGAACAUUUGGAUUCCUGAUUUAGGUUCAGUACGCGUUCAGUUUUCCGUAUUUACAAAUAUUUUCCACAUAUUCGUUAAUACUCUGCAUUUCUAUUAUAAAAUCAGCUAACAUAAAUAUGCAU